AUGGAAAACCACAACGAUUAUGAUUCCAACAACGACGAAUAUGUUACAGAGUCAGAUUAUGCUCAGGAUGACAACAAUUCGGUGUCCAGUGCGUUCCAAAGUUCAGAUGAUGGUGAUGGCGAUGAUAUUAGUCACAACGAAGAUUUUGGUGAAUUAGAUGCAACUGUAGGUGAUAAAAAGGUGAAUAUUAAGGCCUUUAUUGCUGAUGAAAUUCGUGCUAUAGAAUUCGGUACUGUUGAAGAAGCAUAUGAAUUUUAUUUUAAGUAUGGUAAAUGCAAAGGAUUUGCCAUUAGGAAAAGUGAUGUUAGGACAAGAGGGACCGAGGGUGGUAAAAUAACAGUAAUGAGGCAGCUUGUAUGCAAUAAACACGGUCUAAGAGAGAUGAAACACUUUAGGAGGGCUGAUAGGAAAAGAGAACACAGACCUACGACCCGCAUGAAAUGUCCCGCUAGGCUUCGUGUCCAUUACAAAGUCGACAAGAAUAGAUAUGUAGUGAAUUUUUUUGAAGAGGCUCACAACUAUGAAUUAACCCCAACUAGGUUUAUACACUUACACCCCAUUUAUCGUGAAAUUUCUGAAGCAGAUAGAGCUCAGAUUAACGGUCUUUAG